GAAGCGGGAAGGGGUGGCUUUGCUGUAGGCUGGCACCGAAGCUCUGCUCAUGCCAACGUUUCUGCCUCUCCCUGGGGCAGGAAUUGGACGCCUGAUUGCUGAGUGUCAUCUCAACCCCGUCAUCCUGCCACUGUGGCACGUUGGAAUGAAUGAUGUCCUUCCUAACAGCCCGCCCUACUUCCCCCGCUUUGGACAGAAAAUCACUGUGCUGAUCGGGAAGCCCUUCAGUGCUCUGCCUGUACUCGAACGCCUCCGGACAGAGAACAAGUCGGCUGUGAGUUGUCUUUCUCCCCCGCACCACCCCCCCUUCCCUGGGCUACCCUGUAGCUGUCUUAGCCUCUCCCGGCACCUUCAGCCUCCCAGGGCCCCUGGGCCAGGCUCCCCAAGGGCUGCAGGCCAGCCCCAGUCCUUCCCCUCAGGUGGAGAUGCGCAAAGCUCUGACUGACUUCAUUCAGGAAGAAUUCCAGCACUUGAAGACCCAGGCGGAGCAGCUCCACAACCAGCUGCAGCGUGGGAGAUAGGCAUCACCCGCCCAGAUGCUGCUCUCCCUUCCUCUUAGAAGGGCUCGGCUGGCCUCCAGGCCCAGGAAAGAGGCAGCUCCGACCCAAGCCCCAGCCGCUUGCUCUCAGUGCUGCCUUUGGGGUCUUGCCUGGCACAGAGCUGAACUGGCAGAUGGACUGACGUUUUGAGGUCAGAUACAUUUUUUUAGACAGAUCUGUGCAUAACCCCUUAUGGGUAUCCUGUCCUAGUUGGUGAGCAUUCCCUCUGCUCUGAGCUUCUUCAGUCGAAGGAAGGGUUUCAGCUGCUCCUCCCACUUGGCCACGAAAGGAAGAAGAAAUUUUGGCAGGGGCCUCCUUUCUGGCCUUCAGGUGUUCUCUUCCAGGGCUGGCAUCAGGACGGAGGGUACUUGAAGGGGGGCAGGUGGCCAGGCCAGAACUUUGGGUAGGGGUCCAUGAGGCCCUUGGCCUGGCGUUACCCACCUGCCCUGAUCUGGGAACUGCUCACCACCUCCUCAGGGAUGGCCAUCAGCCACCUCUUCCUUCUGCCCACACUUCCCAAAGGCAUGGGGCCCUCAGGCAGGGCCCAGCCCUGGGCUGCAAGCAGAAGAGCAGCCUUUUGCCAGAAGUGGAACCCAGCUAAACGGAACCUGCAGCAAGGGCCCGAGACCCCGUCACUUCCCCACAUGCGAGGGCCCACCAACUGCUCUGUCUUUUCCACCUCCCUGGCGUCACUUGAGUCCCAUGGGGCCUGGGUUUUCAUGUUUUGUAACCAAUAAAGCAUCUGUAUUGUGUUUUA